AUGGAGAAGAGUGUGAUCAAAUUCAGCCACUGCCACAAGGACAUCUUCUGCCUGUUCGUCCCAGAAGAGUGCCCCGAAUGUGGCAUCAGCUUCAGUGGCAGGAGGCUGGAGGAGGCUCCUAUCAGCAUACCCAACCCCUUCUCCAACGGACACAAAACACCCUGCUCCUUCCUCGUGGCACCCGCCCAGGACAACCCAUCCAGCAACUUUGAUGGAGGGUCAGAUUUGCACACGGGGAUCACUGAUACCAAUGGAGUGGUCUACAACUACACAAAGACAGGGGUUCGAAAGGAUUGCCAAGGAUGGGAGAAGUGCCUUAGCAUUCCUCUGGUCCAGCCUGACAUGUACAACCUCAUUGACCAGUGGAACCAGUACCUUGACAAGUUCUCCCAAGCACCCAUGUGGGAUACACUAUGGCAACGGUUUGAUGAAGAGACCCACAACUGCUAUAACUACACUCUGAUGUUUCUAAACUGCGUACUGGGCACUCAGGGAAAAAGGCCACUCACGAAGGACUCGUUCACGCAGAGCUUUGUGUUGCCUAGGAUAAAAAGGGCAUCAAAGUACACCACUCUGUAUCGGGAAAUCACCAAGAACCAUUUCUACAUAGUAGACAGCCCCCGGAAAGAAACAGAUGAAGAUUAUAGCGAGGAAGAGAAAGAUGGGAAAACGAAGACAUAA